GCAGUAUCUCAAUUUUGAACUUACUACUGCAAAAAAAAAAAAAAAAAAAAAUCAAAAAAAAAUCAAAAAAAAAAAAAAUAAAAAAAAAAAAGAAUGUUUUGUACCACUCAGUUUGGCAGAGAAAUAAGAUGCAAUUACUGCAAGAAGCCUGGACACUUGCUCAAAGAAUGUAGAAAGUUGCUGUUCAAAAAUCAAGGAAAUCAGCUUGCUCAUGUUGCUUCCGCUACGAGUUCAUUUGAUGGAUCAAUUGCUAUUUCUUCAGACGAGUAUGCUAAAUUUAUUUGCUACCAAGAAUCUCUAAAGCAUUCAUCUACCCCUAUCUCGGUAGUCGCAAAUUCAGGUAUUUCAAACACAUGUCUUGUUUCAUCAUCCUCAAAAUGGGUCAUUGACUCAGGUGCCACAGAUCAUAUGACUGGUAAUCCUAGUCUAUUCUCAUCAUUUCACUCACAUUUACCUGCUUCCAGUGUCACUUUAGCAGACGGGUCUACCUCACCCGUUCUUGGAUCUGGUACUGUUGUACCAACUUCUACAUUACCAUUAUCGUCUGUUUUGAGUCUUCCUAAUUUUGCAUUUAAUCUGCUUUCCAUCAGUAAAAUCACACGUACUCUUAAUUGUUCUGUAACAUUUUUUCCGGGAUAUUGUGUGUUUCAGGAUCUGUUAACGAAGCAUACUAUUGGUCAAGGACAUGAGUCGGGUGGUCUUUAUAUUUUGGAUACAUCAAUUACAAAAGGUAUCUCUUGCCUUGGGGUUGGAAAUCUAUUAGAAGCUCAUUACCGAUUAGGACAUCCAUCUCUCUCACUAAUGAAGCAAUUAUAUCCUCAGUUUAAUAAAGUGUCUUCUAUACAAUGUGAGUCGUGUGAGUUUGCUAAACAUCAUCGCACUAGUUUAAGUCCCCGACUUAAUAAACGAGCAAAUGCUCCGUUUGAUCUUGUCCAUACUGAUGUUUGGGGGGCAUGUCCAGUUGUGUCCAAACCUGGUUUCAAAUAUUUUGUCACUUUUGUUGACGAUUAUUCUCGUAUGACAUGGGUGUAUUUUAUGAAGCGCCGAUCCGAGUUAUUUACUCAUUUCUCUGCAUUUUGUGCUGAAAUUAAAACUCAAUUUAAUGUUCCUGUUCGUGUGUUAAGGGGAGACAAUGCUCAAGAAUAUUUAUCUGCUCCAUUUAAAUCUUUUAUGCUUCAACAUGGCAUUAUUCAUCAAACUUCAUGCGUAGACACACCUCCUCAAAAUGGAGUUGCUGAAAGAAAGAAUCGACAUCUGUUAGAAACUGCAAGGGCUCUUCUAUUCCAAAUGAAUGUGCCUAAACAGUUUUGGGCUGACGCUGUGUCUACUUCAUGUUUUUUUGAUCAAUCGUAUGCCAUCUUCUGUUUUGGAUGGUAAAACUCCUUAUCAAUGUCUUUUUCCAAAUAAAGAACUUUUUCCUAUUCCACCUAAAAUAUUUGGUUGCACUUGUUUUGUUAGAGAUGUUAACCCUCAUCGGACGAAAUUGGACCCCAAGUCAUUGAAAUGUAUUUUCUUGGGUUAUUCUCGAGUUCAAAAGGGGUAUAGAUGUUUUUGUCCAAGUACAGGUCGAUAUCUUAUUUCUAUUGAUGUCUCAUUUCAUGAAAAUACACCAUUUUCAUCAUCCAAGACAGAUAUUCAUGAGGACAACGAUGAAAUACUCAUUUACACAGUUACUAUACCUGAGACCACACCUUCAGUAACUAUGUCGAAUGUCACUGUUCCUGACCCUAGACCUCCUGUACACUUGGUUUACACCCGUCGACACAAAGCACAAGAUCACUCCCCACCUGUGACACCUGUGAUUACAUAUCCUGAUACUGGUCCGACUUCGAUCUCAUGUCCUGAACCAGUACCUGCAUCUUCAGAUCUUGUCUCUACAUCUGAUCUUGACCUCCCGAUAGCACUACGUAAAGGUACACGGUCUUGUACUCAUCCUAUUUCCUCAUUUGUGUCAUACAGUCAGUUAUCUCCUGCCUCAUGUUCUUUUGUUGCUUCCAUUGAUUCUAUUUCUGUUCCCAAAUCUGUUAAAGAAGCUUUGUCUCAUCCUGAAUGGCGUCAUGCCAUGGUAGAGGAAAUGAAUGCUUUGGAUCUUAAUGGUACAUGGGAUUUGGUAUACUUGCCUUCAGGGAAGAAGUCUAUUGGAUGUAAGUGGGUCUUUGCUGUUAAGGUUAAUCCAGAUGGAUCUGUUGCUCGAUUGAAAGCUCGAUUGGUUGCAAAGGGUUAUGCUCAAACCUAUGGUGUUGAUUAUUCUGACACUUUUUCUCCUGUUGCUAAAUUAACAUCUGUCAGGUUACUUAUCUCACUCGCUGCAACUCAUGAUUGGCACUUACACCAGUUGGACAUUAAAAAUGC